AUUGAGUGUCAAACUUAUUUUGGAACAUAUAUUUCUACGUCUGUUUCAUCCGACAUAUCGUCAAAAUGCAAUUCAUGAUAUUUUUUGUGUGUAUAGUUUUGGGAAACAGUUUUGCCCAGGAAUUAUAUGGAGCAAGUGUUAAUUGGAGACCAACAAGCACUGAUUCCAUGGUAUUGUCAUACCGUUUGAUUUGGAAAGGAAGAGAUACCAUUGCUACAUUAAAAGAACGGAUGUGUAAAAUUUUUUCUAGACCAACGUGUGAAGAUAGCGUAAAUGAGAAAUUCCAAAAAGGCGUCCUUUCUGUCCAGGACAAUCGAAUCAGACCAACUAUUUUUUCAGGAUACAGCUGGUUGUGUAUUAUGGGUUGUCGUAUAGCCAAUCAAAUAGUGGCCAACUUGUCACAGUUAUAUUUCACUGAUGCGUCCAGUUUCCUGGAAACCGAAUGGGAGUCUGGCGUUGGUACUGCUGAACUGACGUUCGAUGGACACAACAAAGAUAACAUUAUUUUAGGAUUUGCUGACCAGAGUGGCUCUUUGGUGGAUGGUCUAGGAGAAACUCAUUUGAGCAUGGCAGUGAGGAAUGACACAAAGAGAGCAAAUAUCAGCCCUCUCGUGAACGUCUUACCCGUAUACAGAGUGCCACUCGGUUGCAAUAUUACAAUUCGACUGUUCCCGUUUGACGGAGAUGGGGACAGAGUCACUUGCCAUUGGCAGAAAUACCCAGAAGAAAACAGUACUACUUCCAGCGCAUUUCUUAAUUCCCAUACAUGCGAACUUAUUUUUUCGGCAAAGCGGAGUCAUUUCAAAGAAGGAGAUGCGAUUAAUGUGUCCCUUUACGCCGAGGACUAUUCAAGUUUGUUGGUUGAAUUUACAGGGGCCUCAAGAUACAUCACUUCUGGGCCUUUUUGUAGAACGCCCAUCAAGCUUCGCGUGUUCGUUGGAAAUAGUACUGCUUCAUGUCAGUCUGAUGGUCCGCAAUUUCAUCCAGAAGGAACAAUGAAACCGUACUUUAAGCAAUCGUAUGAAAUGGAUUUCUUUGAAAAAGGAUACUUUGUUCAGUUGCCGUUCAUGACCAACAACCAAAACGACACCAUUUUAACAUCUGGUCCAAGGUAUAUGAUAUAUUCAACCGAAAGAAACAUAACGCUUGUGAACAUCGGGGAAUGGGACCAUAUCAAUGACACAACUAUGAAGGGGAUACACCAAGCGUGCGGAAUGGCGUACUCAGAUGACGGAACCCCCGGUGAAAGUCGUUGCGGUGUGCUGAUGUUAUUUGAGCCAGACGAAUGCAAAGCAUCGACCAAUCUAUGUGGAAAAGGAGGCAUUUGUAAUAACUUCUUCGAGCAUUUUACAUGUACUUACCCUGAUUUCAACGUUACCGAAAAUAUGUCGCAAAGUGGAACAUGUAAUACAGGCGUGACAACAGAGAAAGGGAAUGACGGUCUGAAAAUCGGGCUCCCCGUAGGUCUAUUUCUUCUCCUGCUGCUUCUUCUCAUCGCAGUGACGCUGUACUUGAAGAACAAAUGGUCGGAGAAGAUGCGGACAAACCAUGUUGGAGAUGAAACGCAGAUAUCGGCUGUAGCAAAGAAAGUUUUUCAAUAACUGAACAACAGGCGAUAAAUCGUUUUGAGAAUAGUUAAACCUCAUAUGUUAAAGAUACCCAUUUCGUUUAAGUUGAGUAGAUUUUUAUUAUAAUCCUAACGGUGUUACCUAAGAUCCACAUUUAAUUCUGUGUGUGAACCGUCCGAGUCUUGGUUAUUUGAUAAGUCAGGAAAUACUAAAGCUAGGAUGAUGAAACUUGGUGUUUCGAUCGAAUCUAUAUGAGAAUAUAAACCUUAUUUCUGAGAAAUUUUGUAUUUCUAUAGUAACGGAAAUAAAACCUUAAAUGUAUAUGCUGCGAUAAGUAAGAAAACUAUUUAAAGGUAACUAAAACAUUUUAUAUUGAUAAAAAAGCACUAAAGCGUUUUAAUAAAAUUUAGUAUGUACAUAGAAGGCUAAUUGAGGAGUGUGCACAUUUGUCAGUUUCAAAGACAGAUACAAAUCUGGAUCAUGUAAUAAAAACAUUCAUAAGACAGGAUUAUGAAACGUGAUGCGUUGAUAAAGUGUAAAUAUGUACAUUGAAAAAUAAUCCAGAUUUGUCAAAACAAUAUGUCCGUCCGUCUUAAAAAUUUGAAUCCAGUGCAAAUUCAUAAAUAUUAAAUAACAAUAGCUAGGUCAAUCAAACUCAAUAUGAUGAUAGUGGGGCACAUGGGUACUAGAAACGUUAUUGCAGUUGAAUUGUCAGAGAACAAUUUUGGAUACCAAAGUCUCAGAAAUAAGUGAAUGUAGUCUAAAAUGUGCCCCUGCAAUAGCUCGAAAUCCUUAACAGAUUAUUUAAAACUCCGUAUGACAGUAUAGGGCUUUAGUUACAAAUAUGAGCAAAAAUAAUUUCGACAUUUUGCUAUUUCAACUAAGUUCUUGAGUAAGGUUAAUGAAACAUUAAUAUCCUGUUCUUACAAAACAAAAUUUCGGGGACUGUGUUUCGGCUGAGACCCUGAUCUUUUGCCAUUUGUAUUUUAUGCAUUUAUAGUUACCUAUAACAUGUUUAUUUUCCUCGGUGUCUGAUCAGGAUUUUAUGUGCUAUCGCAACCAUUCAUUUAUAUAACUAUCAGCGUAUAUUCAUAUACUAUGGGGUUUUUUUUAUAAAUGAAACAAUUAAUGCAUUUUCGCGUUGCGUUUACAUUUUAUUUGUAUGUUUUUUUUAAAUGUUAUUUCAUAUCUUGAGCAAAUUUAAAUGUGUACGGUGGAAGUAGAUCAGCAAUAUCAAUAAAUGUCGUGUUUUCUUUAUAUAACAAUCCCACACAUGCGCACAGUUUUGAAACCAAAUAUCUUUACCUUAAAAUUAUGGAAGCGAAUGCCUGAUACAAUACUACAAUGAACACGACUUUGAAAUACUUAAAUAAUGAUUGUAUCUUCGAAAUCAGUUACUAAUCAAGGCAAACGUGCCACAGUGACAAACGUGUUAUGUGUUCCUUCUUGAAACGGAAUGAAUGUGUGUUAAUAAAUAAUAAUGUUAUCGCA